AUGUAUCAAACGUUUGAUGCCUGUGAUGGUACACACGCUGGUCCACUUGGUGAACUUUUUGAUCACUGUGUUGAUGCUGUGAAUACAACUUUAUCUGUUAUAAUUUUUGGGUCCGUUGCAGGUUUUGGUUAUUCAUGGAUUCUUAUUGCAUCACAAUUUGGUACUUUAGCAAACUUUUAUUUAAGUACAUGGGAAGAAUAUCAUACACAUAAGUUAUUUCUUUCUGAGUUUUCUGGUCCAGUUGAAGGAAUAUUAUCAGUUGUUGGAUUGUUUACAUUAACUGGUAUAUUUGGACCAGGUUUAUGGAAAAUUGAAUUUUUUGAAAUCAACUUAUCAUUUUUAAAAUUGGAUUCUGAUUUUAAAGUCACAUUUACAACUUUUUAUAUUAUAUUCGGUGUUAUUGGCUUAUAUUUCAAUAUAAAUAGUGCUAGAAGAAAUGUUGAAUUACAUUAUAAAAGUUCAAAAGACUAUUUCAAUGCAUUGAAAGGGCUAUCACCAUUCUUCGGGUAUUAUUCAACUGUUUUUGCAUGGCUUUUAUAUAACCCGAUAAUUAUUGAAAAAUAUUUAUUACCAUUUGUUCUUACUGUUGGAUUGACUUUAGCCUUCAGCGUUGGAAGAAUCAUCAUUGGCCACUUGACAUUACAAAAAUUCCCAAAUUUUACACCAUCAUUGUUUAUUCCAUUUGCAGAAUUUUUAAUUUAUUCAUUGUUAACAAGAUUAGGUUAUAGUGCAGAUUCCAUCACAGGUGAUUUAAUCUGGACAGGAUUUGGGUUAAGUCUUGGGUUUUACUCUUUGUUUGUUCUGGAAAUUAUUUAUGAAAUUACAACUUAUUUGGAUAUAUAUGCUUUGAGUAUUAAACAUCCAAAAAGUGCAUAA